AUGUCGAUCAAUUGGGUAAUGCUUCAUGAGCGCGAUGGCUUCAUCCAUCUACCCCACGAACAGUUGAUAUAUACAUCUCCGCCCCGGACAGGCCUCGCCCUACAGCCUCUGGGCUCAUCCAACUCCCCAAGGGUGGUGUAUAUACCUGCACAAAAAACACCCGAGCUGCAGUCGUUCUCCGCCCCGCUGCUCAAUAUACACGACACCCACAUCACCGCCCCGUUCUUCGGCCCCAACGUGUGGAUCGCUCUCAUCCAACCUGUCGCGGGAGGCGGCAUCCCGGCAUCUAUGCCAGCCGUCCAGUGCAAAGUGACCUUCAAAGAAGGCGGCGCCUUCGACUUCCACAACCAUUUCGAGCGGAUCAAAGAACGCCUCCAGCAAGUCGUCGACGUCUCCCAGAGCAGUCGAGGCGCGAGCAAUGUCGACAUGACCAGCGUUCAUCUCGAAGAGCUACCGGCGUACUCGGGGCCGACCAGCACCUCCGCCGAGGCGGCUCCAGCGAGUCAGACGCCGCCGUUGCCUGCGCAGACUGAAGUCCGAUCUGAACCGUCGCGAGAGCCGGAGCCGAUGGAGCCCCCGCCCGGCUAUGAAGAGGUGCAGCAGCAGAGCGUGGCGAAUGUACUCGAGGAGAGAUUGCGCCGCGCCAGCUAA